AUGGCGAAACGCAGAGCUGAUGUUGAACUUAAUCAAGACAAUUGGGACACUGAACUAGAGGCGAAGGAGACUGGCACUUUUCAAAGAGCGGAACCCAGUUCUCUUACAUCCCGAAAGAUUUUGUCUGUGAAAUCAAGGCGAUCUGUAAACCAAGGCACAUCCGGCCUUUUCAAGUCUUUCACAGGUUUAUCGGAAUCGACCCAACCGCCGGAUGUUCGUUUCAACUUUGGCGCGAAGUUGGGGACGGUUGUGAGUUCUUCGGUGUCUAAUGAACCCACUGGUGCAUCAGCUGCUUUGUCAGAAAACCUGAAAAAUGAGACAGAAUACUUGAAACAAUUGCAAACCCUCAACCAGAACCUGUUGGACUGGAUAGGCAAACAUAUCAAAGAAGAUCCACACUGUAUUUUGUCACCCGUUUUCCAGGACUAUGAAAAAUAUUUGAGAGAAUUGAAUGAAAAAUUCGUCGCAGAAAGCCCCGAUAAGUCUUUUUCGAAGCCAGACCAGGAAAAGCCGAUCACCACUAUCCAUUCUUUGAAUUCUAAUGGUCUUGGGUCAACUAACCCCGUCUCAACCAUUUUUUCGAACAAGCCAGCCGAAUCUGACCUGAAUAAGCCGACGACCCAAACAACCACUUUCCAACCUUGUGUAUCCACAUCGUCAGAUGGCGGAACGGCCAAACCAGCUUUCAGCUUCAGUUUUCCACCUAUAUCGUCUAGUACUUCACAGCCUCUUUUUAAAUUCGGUCAUUCAUUGCCAAGCGCUACCCCUUUUGUACCCACCAGUAACACGUCGUCUGUUACGACAAACCCAACUGACGAAGAUAAUGAAGAAUAUCAGCCACCAAAACCCGUCGUACGAGAAAUCAAGGAAGAGGGCUCCGUUUUCUCUGUGAAGUGCAAGUUGUUUUACAAACUGGAUAGUGAAUGGAAGGAGCGCGGUGUUGGAAAUCUGUUCAUCAAGCCAAUAUCAGAUGAAAAGUUCCAGUUGCUGGUCCGAGCAGAUACAAACUUAGGCAAUAUACUACUGAAUAUACUUAUGACAAAAGACAUACCCGUCAAGCUGCAAAAGAACAACUUGACUUUGGUUUGUAUCCCAUCUCCUCCGCUGCCCCUGCCACAAUCUAAACAGUCAGGGGACGACGGGAACCCCAAACCGAUCCCAAUGCUGUUGCGUGUCAAGUCAGAAGAAAGUGCUUCGGAGCUACUUAAACAGUUUGACAAAUAUCGUGGUAUCGUCGGUGUUGAACAAACCUAGUAACUGCAUACAUCCGCAAACGUUCCAGAAUGCAUCCGUAUGGCCCGGUUUUUCCAUGGAUCUUUCUAAUAUGGAACCGUGGCACUCCGUUGUUGAGUCCCUUGCCCGCCCAAAUCCUUUCCAACAAAAAAACUUUUGUCGUUUCUUGUGCUUUUGGUACGCGCCAUAUCCCAAUCUCGGAUGGCGUUAGAUUACAUGUCAUCAAGCAUUUUUGGUGUUUC